CCAUUCCCAGGCAGAGCCCGAAAGAAGAGUGUCUACCCACCACGCCCGUGACCACCUCACGGAACACUGCCACGGCGAGAAGAGUGUGUCAGACCAUCACAGCCCCUCAACACCACCACCACCACCAACAACAGCGUCAUGGAGGCUGCAGGGAGGGGCGGUAGGAAGGCACGGCGGAGACGGGGUAAGAAGAACAUGAAAAUAUCAGCAACCCUGCGGAGUGUCCAGUGUGCAUGACAGGCUAUGAUGGCACCGUGCACCGGCCGCGCACCCUGCCCUGUGGCCACACUCUCUGCACGCUGUGCGUAGAUCAGCUGGAGGAGCAGGGCCGUAUUGCCUGCCCAGAGUGCCGCGUCAGCCACGCCGUGCCCGAGGGAGGGCAGUUCCCUGUCAGCUAUGCUAUUGAGGCCCUCAUAAGGAUGAUGAGAGACGCUAAGGUGGCAGCAGCAGCAGCAGUCUCGCCGCCACCCAGUGCCGGGGAAGGGGAAGGAGCAGCAGCAGCAGCAGCAGCAUCUAGCAAGAAGGAGGCGGCGGGUCUCUCCAAGAAAAUGCGUUCCUUCCUGCAGGAACAGGAGGCCACAGUUGUGGCCGCCAUCACCGCCUGCCGGGAGGCUCAGUUGCAGCUAGACCAGUACCAGACGACCCUGGCAGGCUGGGGCGAGCGGCAGCAGCAGUUGGAAGACAGGCUACUGGUACUGGUGGACGAGAGCAGGAGUGCCAGGGAGCUCCUGCGGCAGGAAGAGUUCCGUGCGGCGGCCAAGGAGGAGGAGCUGAAGAAGGAGGAGCAGGGGCUGCAGGCCGUGCUGGAGACGUUGCGCACCCUUACAACAGAGCAAGAAGCAGGCGCGGCGGUGACUGAAAUGGUUCGUUGCGCUUGCGAGGCAGAGCAGGCGGUGCAGGAGUGCCGAGAGUGUUUUCCUGAUGCCAACACCGUCACCACCGCCAGCAAGGUGAACGUGGCAUCUAGUGCAGCCCUGGAGGCUGUUCAGGCAGCUCUGGAAACACUUACUACAGAGGAGCCCAGGCCCCAGGCAGACCCAGAAUCCACCGUCAUGGACAGACUGCACCUCAUCUGUACAGGGAGCUUGACGGCCGAGGACCUCCGUAGCCUGACGCAGCCCGCCAGGCGCCUGAUGGAGGCUGGUCCGGUUUUUGCUGUCUACCAAGCGGAAGGUCAUCGCCAACACGCAAGAAUAAGCCUUGAAGCCGGCCAACUGUGCCUCCACACCCUGAAGGACCAUCCCCCGCCACGGGGCGCGGCAACCCUGCAGGUGAACGAGGUUGUGCCGCCCUCCCCCCCCUGCACGGUGUUCCUGGACCUGUCCUGGCCGGGCAGCUCGCCGCGGCGGGUCCAAAUCCGUCUGAGCCCCGACACCCCGCGGGGCAGACAGUUCUUAUUGUUGUGCACGGGGCAGCGCGGCCCCUCCUACGUUAACACCAGGUUGUGCGGGGUGGGAAAGAAGGGGCAGGCAGGAGAGUUUGUGAUGGGCGGGGACUACGAAAGUAACGAUGGUCGUGGAUCAUCCGUCCUGCUGCCUGGCCUUGAUGAGGGUGAGUACCGUAAGUCAGGCCGGGGGGGGGCUGUGUUUGGGCUGCGGUGGACUGACCCUACCCGGGGUGAGUGUGGUGACUUUGGCAUCUACACCAGAGACUCUCAGGAUGGUCGUGGCUCGCGUCGUGUCUUCGGUGAGGUGGUGGACGGACUGCACGUGGUGGCCGAGGCAGCCCAACACAGGGACAUUACGGAGGUGACUGUGGCGGACUGUGGCGUGGUGUUGAGUAGUGGCCACCACCACCACCACCACCACCACAGCGACAAUAUGGACUUGAUUAUCGUUAGUGUUUUGAUGUUAUCCUGUAUUUUUUGGGUCGUUCAUGUUUUUUUAUAUAUUAAUCAUUUCAUAAACACUUGAUAUAAUGUCUCCAUUCCUCGCUGCAUUCUUGUAACAUCCGGGGUGAUAUUUUCUGCAUUACAUGAACACUUGAUAUAAUGUCUCGAUUUGUCCCUACAUUCCUGUGCUCUGUAGGAAAUCUCUCUCUCUCUCUCUCUCUCUCUCUCUCUCUCUCUCUCUCUCUCUCUCUCUCU